AUGAAAUAUUCAAUGAAAGCGCACAGCAUUAAUUAUGAAAAAGGCAAUUGCCUUGGUUUUAUCAUAAAAGUGGUAGCCACCAGUCAUCGUGAUCACCUGAUCUCACUCAAGUCUCGUUGGAGCAAUACACUUGCUUCCAGCCCUAGGUUCGACACACAUGUUCAGGCUGCCUUGAAAAUCCGACACCAGGACCCUACCAAUGCCAGUGUGACCUCGCCUUCACCUGAUCCAUUAACGAUGACCUGGCUACAACCCCUGACACAAGAUGUCGGCGAACUCACAUUUGCUGAUCCAGUGUAUCAUACCGCCGAUCUUAUAAACCUGGACGACAUGCAGACGGAUACAGGGGAAAUCCUAUUUGGCGACAUGAUCAAUGUGGAAGAUGAUGAAGAUGAGGCACCACCCCCUCAAGAUAAUGAACCGUUGACGGUUCAAGACAUACCCGCACACGCUAUAGAGCUCAAGUGGGAAAUCCCCGCAUCUCUUGUCCAGGACAGGAACCUUGUUGAUGCCCUGCAUUUCCAAACAAUUGGGCCACUAGCAACUCACAGAAACCGGCGCCGAGUACCCCACGCGAAACCCAACCUAUACGUUUUUGAGGCGGACGACAUCAUACGCCUCGAAACCCCAGGGUCUCGCCUCAAUGAUCGACAUCCACAAAGCAGUCUCCACAUGGCGCGCUACAAUUGCCCACAUUCCGAAAUUUGGCGUCGGACACAUCAUCUGGAAUUCUGGCGUAAAGAUGUGUGGCUUCUGCCCAUCCAUCGAUCAUGCCCAACUGGCCAUUGGGUACUGGCUGUGAUCUUAGUGUCCACAGGGAACGUUUUACUGUUUGACAGUCUCACCGACAUGGCCCUGUGGAAAUGGGAGAUAGGUGAAAUUAUGCUCUUGAUCACAUGUUUGGUUCUCGCAUCCAACCGUGAGGGACAUCCCCUGCACGUCAUCACUGAAGAAGGGUGGACCACGCAACCUCUACUGUUGAAUGCCGUCCAGAAGGAUGCCUUCAGCUGUGGAUUGUGGGUUCUUGCCGCCAUCGUGGCCGUCUUAAGAGGGUGCCAUAUUACAGGCUUGAAGGAGGGGGAAAUAGAGACAUUCAGACGGGCUUUGGUUAGACAUGUAUAUGCUCUACCCUGA